AUGGUGGAAGGGACUAUGUCUCUUGAUGCUGUUAUAAAGGAAGCUGUUGAUUUGGAGAACAUUCCUCUUGAGGAGGUAUUUGAAAAUCUAAAAUGCACAAAAGAUGGUUUAACCUCUGAGGAAGUACAAGAGAGGCUUGACAUGUUUGGAUACAAUAAACUUGAAGAGAAAAAGGAAAGUAAAAUACUAAAGUUUUUAGGGUUUAUGUGGAAUCCUUUGUCAUGGGUUAUGGAAGCUGCUGCUCUCAUGGCCAUUGCUAUGGCACAUGGAGGGGGAAAACGAGGAGAUUAUCAAGAUUUUGUUGGCAUAAUUAUUUUGCUAAUUAUAAACUCAACCAUAAGUUUCAUAGAAGAAAAUAAUGCUGGUAACGCAGCAGCUGCCCUUAUGGCAAGAUUGGCUCCAAAAGCAAAGGUUCUUCGUGACGGAAAAUGGAGCGAAGAAGAUGCUUCGGUAUUGGUCCCUGGAGACAUAGUUAGCAUCAAGCUAGGUGAUAUCGUUCCUGCCGACGCACGUCUUCUUGAAGGUGAUCCUUUAAAAAUUGAUCAGUCUGCUCUUACCGGAGAGUCACUUCCUGUGACAAAACAUCCUGGAGAAGGAGUAUAUUCUGGUUCAACUUGCAAGCAAGGAGAAAUUGAGGCCGUAGUCAUAGCAACUGGAGUUCACACAUUUUUCGGAAAGGCAGCUCAUCUCGUCGAAAAUACAACACACGUUGGACAUUUCCAAAAGGUUCUGACCUCUAUUGGAAACUUCUGCAUCUGUUCAAUUGCUAUUGGAAUGAUUAUUGAAAUCAUUGUGAUAUACGGCGUCCACGGAUACGGAUACAGAAACGGUAUUGAUAACCUUCUAGUGCUACUAAUUGGAGGAAUCCCUAUUGCAAUGCCAACUGUUCUUUCAGUUACAAUGGCUAUUGGUUCACAUAAGUUAUCUCAGCAGGGUGCCAUAACAAAGAGAAUGACAGCUAUUGAAGAAAUGGCUGGAAUGGAUGUGUUAUGUAGUGACAAAACAGGAACAUUAACUCUUAACAAACUUACAGUGGACAGGGAAAUGAUUGAGGUUUUUGCCAAAGGUGUUGACAAGAAUUUGGUUGUACUUAUGGCUGCAAGAGCAUCGAGGAUGGAGAACCAGGAUGCAAUCGAUUGCGCAAUCGUUUCAAUGUUGGCAGACCCAAAGGAGGCACGAGCUGGGAUAAAAGAAGUUCAUUUCCUUCCGUUUAAUCCAACUGAUAAAAGAACUGCACUCACAUACAUUGAUGGUGCUGGUAUUAUGCACAGGGUUAGCAAAGGUGCACCAGAGCAGAUUCUCAAUCUCGCACAAAACAAGGCAGAAAUUGGACGGAAGGUUCAUGCGAUGAUUGACAAGUUUGCAGAACGUGGACUUCGUUCUCUUGGGAUUGCAAGACAGGAAGUACCAGAGGGAAGUAAGGAAAGUGCAGGAGGACCAUGGGAGUUUGUUGCUCUUCUCCCUCUUUUUGACCCUCCUCGUCAUGAUAGCGCAGAAACAAUCAGAAGAGCUCUUGAUCUUGGCGUUAGUGUCAAAAUGAUCACUGGCGAUCAACUUGCAAUAGGAAAGGAAACGGGAAGGCGUCUAGGGAUGGGGACAAACAUGUAUCCAUCUUCAUCACUGCUCGGUGAAAAUAAAGAUCAAUUAGGUGCUGUUUCCAUUGAUGAUCUCAUUGAGAAAGCUGACGGUUUUGCUGGUGUCUUUCCUGAGCACAAGUAUGAGAUUGUAAAGAGGUUACAAGCUCGAAAGCACAUUUGCGGGAUGACUGGUGAUGGAGUGAAUGAUGCACCUGCCUUAAAGAUAGCUGAUAUAGGUAUUGCAGUAGCAGAUUCUACAGACGCUGCACGAAGCGCUUCUGAUAUAGUGCUGACAGAACCUGGUUUAAGUGUUAUCAUAAGCGCAGUUCUAACUAGCCGUGCAAUUUUUCAGAGGAUGAAGAACUACACAAUAUAUGCCGUAUCUAUCACUAUACGUAUAGUGCUAGGUUUCAUGUUGCUCAACAGCUUUUGGAGUUUUGACUUUCCACCAUUUAUGGUUCUUAUCAUUGCCAUUCUCAAUGAUGGUACCAUCAUGACAAUAUCUAAAGAUAGGGUUAAGCCUUCUCCACUUCCUGAUAGUUGGAAGCUUAGUGAAAUUUUUGCAACUGGGGUUAUUCUUGGAACCUAUCUGGCUCUAAUGACAGUGAUCUUCUUCUAUAUAGUUUUUGAAACAAAUUUCUUUCCUGACCAUUUUGGAGUGAAACACUUCCGCCCCGAUCUACACGCUCCUGUCACUGAAGAAAUGAAAGCGAUGUUGGCUUCUGCUGUUUACCUUCAAGUCAGUACAAUUAGUCAAGCCUUAAUCUUUGUGACACGGGCCAGGGGAUGGUCCUAUACAGAAAGACCUGGUCUUUUGCUUGUUUUUGCCUUUGUUAUUGCUCAGCUGGUUGCGACUGUUAUAUCAGCACAGGCCAAUUGGGAAAUUGCUGGAAUCAGAAGCAUAGGUUGGGGCUGGGCAGGAGUCAUUUGGUUGUUCAAUACUGUAACUUAUGUUUUUCUUGAUCCUUUAAAGUUUGCCGUUGCUUAUCAACAAAGCGGAAGGGCUUGGAAUUUGGUCGUAAACCAAAGAACUGCAUUUACCAACAAAAAUGAUUUUGGUAAAGAAUCUCGCGAGGCAGCAUGGGCUGCUGAGCAGAGAACCUUGCACGGUCUUCGCUCUGUUGAGUUGAAAGGGUUUGCGGAGAAGCACAACCAUAGAGAACUGAAUACAAUGGCUGACGAAGCUAAGAGGCGAGCAGAGUUAGCAAGGUUGAGAGAGCUUCACACUCUGAAAGGAAGAGUGGAAUCAUUUGCCAAGCUACGGGGGUUGGACAUUGAUAUGAAUGGACACUACACUGUUUAA